CGGAAGUAGAUGAUGUGUCAAAGGUUGAGCACGUUGUUUGGUUUGACCGCCACACGGUGUUUUGAAUGAAUGACGAGUUAACUAAACAAGAAUUUAAGUGCAGACUGUAAUUACACUAUUUGCAAGAACCCGCAACCGAGUGCGGUUAAAUGCUGGCUGUGCACAACAUACAUAACUUAGUACAUUAACGUACAAGAGAAACAGAUUAAGAAAUGGCUGGAAUCCUGUUUGAGGAUAUAUUCGACGUAAAGGACAUCGAUCCAGAUGGCAAGAAGUUUGACAGAGUGUCUCGUCUACAUUGUGAAAGUGAAUCUUUUAAGAUGGACCUCAUCUUGGAUGUGAACAUUCAAAUCUAUCCAGUAGAUCUUGGUGACAAAUUCAGAUUGGUAAUCGCCAGCACAUUAUAUGAAGACGGAACGCCAGAUGAUGGGGAGUACAAUCCUCAAGAUGACAGACCAUCUCGAUCAGACCAAUUUGAUUAUGUGAUGUACGGGAAGGUUUAUAAGAUUGAGGGUGAUGAGACUUCAACAGAAGCUGCAACACGCCUCUCUGCCUAUGUCUCUUACGGUGGCCUCCUCAUGAGGCUGCAGGGGGACGCCAACAACCUUCAUGGAUUCGAGGUGGACUCCAGGGUGUACCUCCUCAUGAAGAAACUGGCUUUCUAAAACUCAGCGCUCCCCUCGUCUUCUCAUUGUUCCCACUGUCACAUUCUACAUGAAAACCGUACUGAACCGAAUGCAGUGAUAAAUUGAGGUUACAUAGGAGUACUAUGAAAAAAAAACCCUCUUGAGAAAUGGACUAGUAAUUUAGAGAAUUAGACUGUGAUACUUAAGAACUGCUCCAACCCCCUUUUUCUAUUAAUCUGUAAAUAGAUUCUAUACUCUGUGUGUAUAUCACACACACACACACACACACACACACACACACACAGACACACACAAAAGGGCUCUUUUUUUUUUAGACACUGUACAUGUGAAUCAAUUUUGUGGUUUCAGAAUUAUGGAACAGUAAUGUUUGCAAAAAAGCAUGCUGUGGUUUUGGGUUUAUAAAAUUGCAAUUUUUGA